AUGAAUAAUAAUCAUUAUUAUCGUCCUACACUAACUGGUAAUAAGAAUAGAAGAAGAGUCCAAGAAAAUAAUUUUGGAGCCCUCCUAAAAUUGCAUUCAAACAAAAAUGCUAAUCAAAAAAGCUCUUUGCUUUUUCGUGGUAGUUAUAUAUCAACUAUACUAAAUAUUUUAGAUAAUCAAGAUAUUGAUACAUAGUUUAAUUUAAUUAAUAGAUCAAUUGAUGUACCUCGUUUCAAUGAUAGAUCAGCUUCAAAAUAAAGAGUCAAAACAGAAAUAGAUCAAUCAAAUCUCGAAUUUCAUUUUUUAAAUCAGAAAGUUGAUUAAUCUACAGCAUAUUUUCCAAGAUUGAAAGAGCGUGCUUCUUCAUAUUAAAAAAAAAUGUUUUAACAAGUAAUCUGAAAUUAGAAUAGAAAGCACUAAAUUCUGAAAAUGAAGAUUCUUAAAUGAUUAUCCGAGACUUAUAGAAAUCAUUAGAUUACAAAAAUCAGCCAUAAAGGAGAAGCAAUUUUACUCCUUUAAAAUAAACAACUAUAGAUGUACCAAGAUCUUUAGCAAAAUCUGAUCAUUUGAAUGAAUAGGAAAUCAUGCAGUUUUCUUUUGGACUUCAAUAUAAUAGGUAGAGUAAUGAGAAACAAAAAUCUAAAUUUCCUAAAGAUAUUUUUCUUGGGGAUGUAAGAAGAGUAAGAAGAAUUUUUUAAUAAUAAUGA